GAGAGGAGAAGAGAGGAGAGGAGGACAGCAACAUGGCUGAUGCAGAGGAGGUGGCCGAGACCGAGCGGCCCAAACUGAGAGAUGAGAAGGUCAACACAAAGUCCAUGGAUACCAAGCGUUACAGUGAGGUUCUACGCGACUUUGACAACUUCGAGGUGUCGAUUAAUUAUGACGCUGUUGAGGAGUAUGACCAGGAUGGGGAUUCCAUCUCGGAGAGCACCUUCCUGGAGAACACUGAGCUGGAGGAGGACACCACGAGUGAAGAUGCAUGCACUAUGAUUCAGCAUUCUCAAUGUGAUGGGGACGAUAAAGAAGUAAUUGCAUCUGCUGCCCAGGAUGCCGACCAGGCCUUGUGCCGCUGCGAGGGGGGCGUGGAGGCCGCCCUGCAGUACACCAAGAUGUGGUGCCGCUACGCCAAAGACCUGCUGGCCUGGAUGGACAAGAGAAUCAGCUAUGAACAAGAGUUUGCCAAAAAUAUCAUGAGAGCGGCAGAAACGGCUAAAUCAACUGUAUCCCAGCAGGAGAUGAUGCCCCUGCAGUACAUCUUCACCAUGGCACUGGAGCAAGAUGCCAAGAACGGCUCUAACGCCAAGCACACGGCCGAGCUGCUACACCAGCGCUGCUACCAGGCAUUGGCAUGCAAGAGGAAUGAAAUCGACAAGUGGCGAAGGGAGUUUAAAGAAAUGUGGGCCAAGGAGCAGAAAAAAAUGAAUGAUGCCGAGUCGGCUCUGAAGAAGGCCCGUCAGCAGUACAUCCAGCGCAGCGAGGAGCUGGAGAAAGCCAAAGCGGUGACGGCCAAGGCGGAGGAGGAGGCCGGGGGGUACAAGACCCUGGACAAGAGGAGGAAGUCCAGGGAUGACGCUCAGACCAAGAUGACAGAGGCUGAGAACCUGUAUAAGCAGUGUGUGAACGACGCCCGUAGCCACCAGAACGAGCUGGAGAAGACGAAGGAGAAGAUCAUCGCCCACAACCGCAAGCUGAUCUGCCAGGGCGACACCACGCUGAAGGAGGUCACAGUGAACAUGCUGUUCUUCCAGAGGCAGCAAAUCGAGCCAGUGGGCCCGGCCUACCAAAACCUGGAGACCACCUGCCGGCCCUACGAACCCGGGGAGCCCUACCUGCGAUACAUCUUCGGCAGCAAGCGGCAGCAGCAACCCCUACAGACCUUCAACUUCCAGGAGUACGUCCCCCAGAGCAAAAGGUCGCCCUCUAGUGGACGCCGUAAAACGAGCAACCCUCUCAGUGCCCUCCAAGAUGCCUAUGCCAUUCCUGACGAUGUUAAACGGCACAGUGGCGAUGGACGUCGUCCAAACAACAGUGAUAGUGAGAGCAUGGGAGGAAGUCUUGAGUCGCUCCCUAGUCCUGCCCAUGGGAACCGGAGGGUUCCAAAAGUGGGUUCCUCUGGGACUAUGUCAUCAGAUGAUCUAGAUGAGCGGGAGAUGGGAACUGUCUACGAAGGCGAGGGCAAUGAUAGUCUGUCGGAGAGCAACGGGUCGAUGACGAUGAGCAAGGUGCGGACGUCACGCGCCGCCCUGACUCACCGGCUCAAGAAGACCAAGAGCAAGAUGAUCAAAUGCAAACAGUGCGAGAACUACGUGCUGGUCAAUGGAGUUGAAUGUACAGAGUGUGGUCUUGUGAUGCACCGUAAGUGUCUGGAGGUGUGUCAGCUGGAGUGUGAGCAGAGGAAAGGCUUCCUGUUUGGGACGGACCUGUCGCUGUUGCUACGGGAGACCCAUGAGGAGGUGCCUUACAUCGUGCGUGCCUGCACAGCCGAGAUCGAGAACAGGGCCCUCACGGUGCAGGGUGUGUACCGCAUCAGUGGCUCCAAACCCCGCAUCCUCAAGCUGUGCCAGGCCUUUGAGAUCCAGAAGGACAACGUGGAACUGUCUGACCUCUCGCCCCACGACAUCUCCUCCGUCCUCAAGCACUUCUUCAAAGAGCUGCCCGAGCCCUUGAUGACCUUCGACCUCUACAACAACUUCAUCGCGGCGGGCAAAGACAUCCAGCACCUGAGUGAGAAGAACCACGCGGCCGAGAGCCCCGGCAUGGUGGAGGACAUCCUCAACACCCUCAAAGACCUGCUGGAGAGGCUCCCGCCGAGCAACUACAACACGCUGCGCCACGUCAUGUCUCACCUGUACAGGGUGUCAGAGUACUACGAAGAGAACAAGAUGUCGGCUGGCAACCUGGGUAUCGUUUUCGGGCCCACGCUCUUGCGCCCCCUGGUGUCGGGGGACGUGUCAAUGCUGGCGCUGCUGGAGACCAGCUACCAGGCGCUGCUGGUGGAGUUCCUCAUCUCCCACUGGGCCCAGGUGUUUGGGACACCUGAGGAAGGGGUAGGGGUAGGGGGGGUGUGGGUAGGGGGGACUACAAGGCGGUGUAGCACCCCUCCGCCCCCCGUACCCACUGCACCCCUCCCUGAGACACCCACCAAGACCUGUCCCACCCCCCUUGACUCCAGCACCCCACAGAGGGACGACGCCACGUCCCGCGAGCGCCCACGCUCUCUGGAGACCCGUGCGAUCAAGAGAGAUUCGAGCGAGGGUUACAUUUCUGACAAGUCCUCGUCCAAUGAAGCGGUGGAUCAGCUCAGCCCGAGGCCCAAUGAGAGAGCAGCAGUCCUGGCUGUGAGACAGCAGACAGCGUCCGCAGCCACAGGGGGGGCUGGCCCCUCCCAGACCGCUGCGUCCCAGCCCCAGCCCCAGCUCCAGCUCCGCUCCACCCUCAGCAGGCAGCCCACCAGAUACCACAGGCACCCCACCCCAGCCCCCCGGGCCCGCACCUCUAGCUCUCGCUCCUCCACUGGGGGGGCCACAGAGGCCGCGGCACCCACCCGAUCAGAGACACCCGACAGCAGCCGCAGCUCCUCCCCUGAGCCCCUGAGGGGACGCCCGUCACACACCCAGACCCAGACCCAGACCCAGAUCCAGCUCCAGACCCAGACCCAGACCCAAACACAGCUCCAGCAGGCCCAGACACAUGCGCCACACAGCCAGGGCCGGAGGGAGAGUGCUACGGAGAUCGCGCGGCCGAGGGGGAGAACCGGGCAGUCGCUGCAGGGCCGCCUGUCGGCCUCCACCAGGCUCGACGUGCGAUUGGACAACACGGUAGCGGCCCUGGCGGCGGCCGCCGCUGCCUCAGCCAACCGGGAGAAUGCCCACUGUGAAAGGGUGGGGCCGGCUGAUAGUGGGAAGGACCACCAAUUGGCUAAGCUGAACAUCAACCAAUCCAAUAACAGGGCUGUUGGGUCGGGGGAGGGCAAAGGGCUCAGCCAGUCGAUGAGGAAACUGUCUGGGAACGAACGGACUGCACAGAAGCUCCUGUCAGGGCUGAAGCUGAGGCGCUCCAGCCUGGGCAAAGGGGAGCAGCAUUUUGUCUGACGGACACAAUACCACGGCUGGACUGGCCACUUGGCAUAGCGGGCAUUUCCCGGUGGGCCCAUCACCCUCGUGGACCCCUAUUUUCAGAAAUGUAAAAAAAA